AUGCCUGGGUCUAAGCGUUCUUCUACCAAUCGCUCCUCCAAGGGUUUCCAACACAUACCGAACCAGAGCGAUUCGUCUACGAUGAGCAAUCCUAACGACGCUACGAUCACCAUGCCCAUGAGCAGUGUCAGCAAUAGUAAGACUGGAGCCCGCAAGACAGAUUCCUACACCCCUACCACUACUGGUGCCCCUGAGCAGCAGCUCAAUGAGAAAGCCGGCUUUUACCAGCGUCAUGUCGCUGGCCGACGGAGAACUGAAAAGAAGACUGGGAAGAAGAGCAGUGAUGGGGAGGAAGAGAUUGUCACGCAGAUGGGCAUAAUAUACAACAAGAUCUUGAACUUUUCGGUCGUCACCCAAUACUUCCUAUAUGUUCUACCUUUGGCUACUAUCAUCGCCAUACCUAUCAUCAUUGGAGCUACUGCAGCACAAAAUGCAACUCUAGGCGGUGUCCGUAUUGUCUGGAUCUUUUCGUGGUUGGAAUGUAUAUGGCUCAGUUUAUGGGUAUCGAAGCUCGCUGCGAAAACCCUUCCGUGGAUCUUUGAAUUCUUGUGCGGGAUCGUGAGCUCAGGAACCAGGAAAUAUUCUUUGGUCAUACAAUCUUUGGAAAUAUACUUGUCUCUAUGCGGAUGGGCGUUGGCAUCGUUGGCUACAUUUGCACCGGUUAUGACCCGUAAUCCAAACCAGCGAAGGCAACAAGCGGACUUCACUAAGGCGCAGAGUCCUACGAAUACCACCCAGAAACAUGAUCCACUUUUAUCUGGCAACGGUACCGUACUCAAACAUUGGGAAGCCGUCGUCCAAGAGAUCCUUGCGUCAUUCUUGGUAGCAUCUUGGAUUCUUCUAUUUGAGAAAUUACUCAUACAGCUCAUCUCCAUCAGCUAUCACCAUACGCAAUUCCAUGCGAAGAUCAAAGACUCGAAGCACAGAAUCUACCUCUUGAGUUUACUCUACGACGCUUCUCGCCAUUUGUUCCCCGCUUACUGCAACGAAUUCGCCGAAGAAGACUACAUUAUCCACGACUCUAUCGAUAUCCCAGGAAGUAAACAUGGUCAAAAGCACUCGGGCUCCGCCACGCCUAUGAAGCUUCUGAUGAAUGUUGGCCGAUUCGGCGACAAGCUUACGUCCGCUUUCGGCAACAUAGCUUCUGAGGUCACUGGAAAGCAGGUCUUCAACCCCGACUCCGCUCACUCAAUCGUAGUAGAAGCUCUCGAGAAGAACAAAUCCUCAGAAGCAUUGGCUAAACGGUUAUGGAUGAGCUUUGUGGUUGAGGGCAAGGAAGCUCUGUUCAUGGACGAUGUUGUUGAGGUCCUUGGUCCUGAUCAUUACGCCGAAGCCGAGGAGGCUUUUGCGAUUUUGGAUCGAGACAGCAAUGGAGACAUCAGUCUCGACGAAAUGAUUUUGACGAUUUGCGAAUUUGGCAAGGAACGGCAUUCGAUUGCUAGCAGCUUGCACGAUGUUGAUCAGGCUAUCAACGUGUUGGACAAUCUGCUGUGCAUUGUUGUCUUUAUCGUCGUUGUGUUUGUAUUCGUGGCUUUCUUGAACACCUCCUUGACGACUACCCUGGCAACGACUGGUACCGCUUUGCUAUCACUAUCUUUCGUCUUUGCCACAACAGCCCAGGAAGUCCUUGGCUCUUGCAUCUUCCUGUUCGUCAAGCAUCCUUUCGACGUACUUGACCGAGUCGACAUUGGUGAUGACCAGCUAGUCGUUAAACACAUCUCGCUCCUUUUUACAGUAUUUAAGCACAUCAAUACCCACAAAUUGACACAAGUACCAAACAUUGUGCUCAAUAGUAUGUGGAUCCAAAACGUCUCGAGGUCUGAUGCUAUGCGGGAACAGCUCUCUAUUUAUAUCGAUUUUGGUACCACCAUCGAGGAUGUCCAGCUUCUCAGGAAUGAAAUGCAGGCGUUCGUCACCGACAAGGAGAACUCGAGAGACUUCCAGCCGGACAUCGAUGUCGAGAUCACCGGUAUUGCAGCGAUGGACAAGAUGGAGCUGAAGGUUGAGAUCAGACACAAGUCCAAUUGGUCUAACGAAACUAUCAGAGCUGCUCGUCGAUCGAAGUUCAUGUGUGCUUUAGUCCUAGCCCUGCGAAAAAUUCCUAUCAACGGUCCAGGUGGAGCAGGAUCAGCUCUAGGCAGCGCCGACCAGCCCACCUACUCUGUCACUGUCUCCGACGCGCAAGCAGCCGCCAAUCGUGAAGCGGCUGCCAAAGCUAAAGACGCAAAGAGACUCUUUCCAGCGGAGAUACCAGACCUCCCUGCUAAGAGCGGACCUUCAGGCGUAACCUCCAGUGCUGAACCUAACAUGCGUGACUCGGUCACACCUCCUCCACUUCGCUUACGCCAUCCCGCUGCCUCUGAGAGUAAUGCCCUCACCACUUUGAACUCUCGUCGCCCGGCUGCCGAUACAGCUCAUACUCCUGGCGAUCUUAUCGAGCCCACAACUCCCAAGUCAGUCGCCCAUUCCGUCUCAACGAUGGACAUUCCCGAAUUUGAUCGCACCGUCUCUAUCGAAGAGGUGCGAGGCCUACUACGGCGUCAAUCCACACGAGGGAAGCGGAGAGCAUCAAGCGGAGCGGCAAAGUUUCCUCGGCCUCCUGGAUCUACGAGCAACUUUCCACAACCACCACCGUCUGUGGGCCUUGAGUACGACCCAUACGCCUAUAUCUCACAGCAGGCAUCAAGACUGGCACAACCAUCAAAAACGCAGACGCCGCCGCAAUCUCGCAAUGGACCACCUCCAUCGGCCCCGCCUAAGGAUUCUCCAACUCAAUGGCCACAACCACCCCAGUCCGCUUUGUCCCAGGUCCAAACCCAGACUCAACCCCAACCUGGCCAACUUCACAACCAACAACGACCCCCACCACCCGCACAAUCUCAACCGCGUCAAGCACCACCAAUAGCCCCGCCAGCCGUCUCUGUUCAAUCAUCCUCCCCUCAAUCCCGCUCUCGCUCUGCAUCUCAAUCCCAACCACGUCCGCCCGCCAAACCCACGCCCAUCAACACUAACAACCUCGUUCCUUCGCCAACAGAUGAGCCCUCACGCACACGAACCACCUCUCCCGUCAGAAACCCUUUCCAGAUCAAUGCAUUGAGGAGCCAAGCGCAAGGUGCGGCGCCACAACUUAGGAGACCAGUGCCCGGGAGUGGGACUGCGUCUCCGAGAGAAAUGGCGCAGAGUCCUGGGACUGAGAAUGGAGGUGGAGUAGUGAGGCCGCCCAGAGGCGACAGUUUGGCUGGGGGAACCGCAGGCGUGAGCGGUAGUAGUGGGCAUGAGGAGUGA